GCCAACCAACAACCGAGCUCCCAGCGACAAGCUGUCGCCACCCACGGGCCACCCAUCCAUCCCAGUUCCCGUUCCCACCGGCCAUCUCCCACCUUCCCCAACACCCCCCGCCUGCCUGCCUGCCUGCCAACCUCCACAUCCACACAUCUACACAACGAAAGGACAGGAAAGGACAGGAAAAUAAAGAAGCCAUGUCCGAAGCCUACGAACGAGAACGGUUCCUCCCCCUUCCCCUCCCUUUGGCCCCUUUUACCAAUGAGGUGUUUUCGUCCUUCAACACGUCGCUGAAGAACUCGGUGGGGCGCGUGCGGUUGAUGGCGCAGAGCGGCGGGAAGAUGUCGACCAUCCGCAUGGCCGCGAUGAUGGUCGGUGCCGUGGUGGUGCUGUACUUGGUUUGGGGGUGGUUGUUUGGCUAGGCUAGGCUACUAUAGGCGGAGUGUACUCAACGAGCGAGCGAGGGCGUUACGGGGUCUGAUUCUGGUUUGGUGCUUGAUGUGUGGCUAUUUAUGUUCGGGUUGUACUUGCGAUGGCGAUGGCUUUUUAGAGCUGUGUUUUGUUUUACUUGCGUUUAGCCCCACGCGGUCUGCAAUUUUGCAGGCGGAGGAAGGAUUGUAUCAACACAUGCGCGCGAAUACAAGAAUAAGAAUAAGAAUAUAGGGAU